CUGCUGCUGCUGCUUCUCCAGCACCACACAAGACAAACACGCGUGAAGGCUGAUCACCAGUGGAGGUUUGUUGCUGGUACACAGGAGAUGUGGAGAAGGGGCCCCGUUCGCGUCGCGCACGAUGGAUGGGAACAUGCAAAACUAAGCCCUCUUUCCCCGAGGACUGAAAUCUUUCCCGGGAGCCAAAACUCUAAACCCACGGGAGAGGCGCUGUCAGAGAGUGACGCGGCAAGGGGCGGGGCGUUGACCAUAUUUGGAGGUGUGACGGUUCCUGUGCAGGCGAGGCAGGCGGGGAGGCAGGCGCGCGGGCGCGCGGGAGGGGAGGCGCGCGGGCGCAAGGCAACCGGCAGCGGAGGCUCGAGCGAGCGCUUCAGUAGAACCAGACACGAGAAACGCUCCACUUUCUCUUCUUGCUUAGGCCAUAAAAUAUGGGAGAUGCACCACCACCACCACCAUCAUCAUCAUCAUUAUCAAGGAGAUGCAGAUUUCUUCAUCCGGCAAAAAGGUGUCUCCUCUGUGCAAUUUAUCACCGCUGCCGCUGCAGCCGCAGUUUUUUGAUUCCCAGUCAAAGAUCCUUAACUCUGCUACUAUUAACAGAAAUGUUAAUUAUGGUGUCAAGAUGGAGGGAGUCAAGGUGAAAAGCUGCACAGCAAUAGCUAAAAAUAAUCCGCGGCGUGCCGGAGUACAGUGUGAUCCAGCAGAGGAGUGUUACUGGCAAGGGACCUUUUUGCUGCAACAAAAGAGGAAGUGAAUGAAUUAGAGUGCAAGCCAGAUUUUUCUGUCUUUUGUUUCAUCCACACUUGUCCAAAAAAAACCUCUCCCUUUUUUUCCCCCCCCUUGCUAUUGGGGAAGUGCUCGCAAAAUUGUAUAAUGCUGCUCUUUGUUCUACGGGAGUCAAGCCACAUGAAUAGCCGUCCUGAGCAGUGAGAGCACACACACACACACACACACACACAAACACUGACAAACUGAUCAUCUUAAAAAAGCAACGCCCUGGUGCUCGCUUGGCCUACUUUCCACGGCAGCACUGGGACGUGGGAAGAGGAAUAGAAUUCAGGGGAGGACGCGGCUCACACGCUGGGAAAACGUUCAGUAUAGCAAGUGUGAUGCACACAAACACAGCCUUUGCAUUGUCAACCUUAGACCGCGUUUGCCCCAGAUAACUAGUCCCUGUGUGCGAGACUAUUCUCUUUGACUUUGCAAUUGAAAUCCUGAGAAGAUUAUGCCGGCGCGAAAGGAGGCAAACUCCAGGGUGGGAUUUCAAUUGUCAAUUCCUCUCGGAUUUUAUAGCAUUAUGACAUAUAGUGGCGCCAUCUGUUACACUUCAGGUCUGCACAAGUGGAGCCUAAUUCAUGUAAAAAUCAUUACAAAUAUAUGACGGAAUAGCUAAUCGCGGCGUGUGUUUUUAGAACUCGUCAAUGCAGAUGUGUGACGGAGCACGUGUUCCACACAGGUGAUGAUA